AUGGACUCGCUCGACGCCAGCGAACAUGGAUGGGCAAGAGUCCGAACAUGGACGCGCAGCGUCCGACGACGACAUCCCGCAGGCAUCUUUGCUUGUGACUACUUGUUCUUGCCGUUGCACCAUGAAGCCGAGCGCCACUGGUCUUUGGCAGUGGUUUGCAGGCCCUGGGCGGCCGUGAACAUCGGUCAGGAUGUCCACACGACCACUACUGUGGCAUUUCUGGAUUCUCUGCGUUCACCCAGCAGCGAAAAGCAUGAGGCAGUUGUUCUGCACAAGUUGAAGAGCUAUCUCAGAUCCGAAUGGCAAGAUUGCACUCCGCUGUCGACUUCAUUUGACGAGGGUCGCAUUCAGGCGGUGGCAAUCGAUGUCCCACAGCAGCAAAAUUCGUCUGACUGUGGCAUCUAUGUGUUAGAAUUCAUGCUGCAGCUGCUGUGUCAUCCUGGAAAGCUCGCGUCUUUGGGCAGAGAUCCUUUGGCUGUGGAGUUGCAGGUUGGCAAGGCUCCACGGCAGCGCUGGCGUCAAGCUGGUGCCAGUUAUCGCAGCCUGAAGCAGGCAGCUGCAGGUGGUUCUGCAUCCUUUGACGAAGUUGGGGCCUUCGUUCCAUCAAGAAGAAGGAAUGGAGAGACGGAUGGCCUUUUGCAAGGAGUCGUGGAUGGAGAUGCUCCUUGUGCGCUAGGCUUUGCCAGGGGCAUGGCAUGCUAG